UUACCGCGAUACACGGUGCCACGUGCCAUUCGGAGUUCAACGUUUGCACGCCACGUGGAAUGCUCCCAAGGUCAGAUGAUGCUGGUUCCGGAAGUGAAGCCUGGCGCCCUCUCUGGGACAUAUGUCUUGGAGGAGCGCAGCAGCAAGUUCUUUAACAUGGUCUCCUUUGGAAAUCCUCAAUCAGUUGGAAUCAAAAAGCGAGUGGUAAGGCAAGCAGACCGUUUGAACUACACGGAGCUGCCAUCGCUGUCGAAUUUGGAUGAAUUGCUGGUAAGAACGCGCCCACCAGACAUGAGACCUGAAGAGGAGGUGGUUGUGCCCGUGAGGGCGCCACCUGUGGAUGCAAGGCUUACCAUUGGCAGCUUCAGAAGGCUGUUGAGGCCGGGCAGCAAUGAGUCAAGGUUGGAGGAGGAAACCAAAGACGUUCCCUUGCAAUGGCAUCUUCUGCUGCUGAAAGCCUCCUUCAAUGGAAAGUUGCAGGUCAGCACUGCGGCAAACUGGCUGGUUGAGGUCCUCAAUCUGGCCCCAGAGGAGGCUCGCCAAUGUGCUCAGGCAGCAAUGGUUCAUCCAACAGUUCGGAUUGCAAGUUUUGACGAUUGGAAAGUGGUUGAAGAGAAGGUUGAGACUUUGCGCGCCCUUGGGCUUGCAAUCCAGGUUGGAUCAGCGGCAACACAUAGAGCAAUCGUCAACAACCGAGGUGCACAUCAAGGGCGGCUUGCGAAAGACAACUACAUGGAGCUCUUUGACCAAGUUCCAGGCCUGAUUCGUUCUCCGAGGCCCUCACCAACACCUCCAGCCAAGAGUCAUCAACACCGGGCCAAAUGGAGAGGCAUGUCUCAGCACGUAGUCAUGGAUGUCCUCUCGAAGGACCCCGUGAAACAGCUUUUGCCGGAGGAAGAUGAGGCAGCUCACUUUGCUGGCUCACAGAGUGAAGCAGAGUGGAACGAAUGGAAACUGGCCAAAGCACGCAAGAAGACGGUGAAGAACAUCCUCCUGAAGCACCCGCGGAAGGGAGACGGGAACACCGCGAAGAGCGAGUCAGAUCAAGAUGCCAGUGACCGGACCACGCUUGGAGUGAAGACCACUUUCAGCUUCAGGAACUCCGUCCUGGAGACACGAAAGAAGAUGAGCAUGAUCGUAGGACUGGCGCAAGCACAGCAAAAUGCUCUUACUCCCCAACGCAAGGAGGCAUGCCAAAUGUUGCGCUUCUUUGUCUUUGGUGCUGUUGGAAAUGAAAAGGCAAAGACAGCGGAAGAAAAAGAAGCGAUAUUUGAGCAACGCCUGGGGGAGAGGUGGCAAGUUCAGCUUCUUUACAACUUGUGGGAGAAAUUGGACAUCGAUCAUUCUGGACGUUGUGACUUUGGUGAGCUCAACGCCUUCGCCGAGCUGAGGCUCAAGGACCUGGUGGAGCAAGCGCUAUCCAGAGGUCAGCGAGGACUCGCAGGUCUCCCUGCUUGGGCUGCUGAUGAAACAGAGGAUGUGGCGAAAGCUGCGCUCAAACUUACCAGGACACUGGAACAGAUGCUUUUCGCUUCCAAAAGCUCCUUCGUCUUGGAGGACAUGAUGCGCAUCCUUUGGCCAGCCAGCCAGCUAAGUGACAUCUUAGAGAUGCGGAGAUGGUGCACAGAGAUGGCCGACAGCUUGGAAAGGACUGCCACCCAGACACCACCGCUCUUGCCAGAGGAUCAGCUUGACGACUUGCACUGCAUCUUUCAGUAUUUUGACACAGAUCAUGACGGGCAGCUGAAGGUUCCAGAUCUCAUCGCUACAGGCUUUCUGAACCGCAACGAGGUAGAUCUCAUUAUGCAAAAGUACGACGUGGAUGGAGAUGGGAUGUUGGGAUUGUCGGAAUUUACGGAGUUGCUGUGUCCAGCUGGGUAUCGUGCUCAUGAGAAGGCCACUCACGCAACACUGGGGAACGGACGUCGCGUUUUUUAUGAUGACAAUUUUUGCCGUUGGCGGCUAGCCCCCAACAAGAGGUAGCAGGUGACAGACACCUGAUCUGAAGUGCUACAUUUGAAGCUCUGCCUGAAUGGUACAGUUUCAAUCCCUCAGCUUGUACAGACUGCUCGCCUGAAGGCGGCCUACCAUGUUUGCAACGUUCUGAGGUUUAAGGUUUUGACUCUUGUUUAUUUUAGAAUGAUUUUGAUGUCCCUUGCAAAGCAAGUUGGACUUAGAAAGCAUUGCGGGCAAUGCUUUUUAGAGGGACAGGAAAAAGAA